AUGCGAAUAACUUUUAUUGUUUUCGCACUUGCCGUUGUUGUCUCGGCCUCAAGCACAGGAGAUCAGAUAACGUAUAGCGUUGUGUCCCUUACAGGCGGGAAACAUUCUAUGAGUGUGGUUGUAGACAAUGUACCAUAUCCUCUUUCACAAUCUCCCAAAGUACCUAUCCUUUACACCGGAACAGCACCAAAGGCAGCCAAGGGUUACAGUUAUGCAAUAAACGCCGGUACAAAUGGCACCCGGGUCGAACCUUUUUCUCGUAAGCAGACCAGCGAAAGUACUCCGAAUGAGACCUUUGGACGUCAGUGGAACACAUUUCCUCUAUCUAAAGUCGAGCCAAUCCUUCCUCCUCUUCCGGCAAUCAAUCGAGUUGAGUCACCCUUGCACAUUGAUGGUGAAAUUCCUACAAUCUACCUUUCUGGAAAUCAGACUGCAUUGGAUAAUAUGCACACAAACUCAAUGGAAGAUAUUAGCGUGUCUUUCUCACACGUACUUUUGAAUAGCCCACAUGAUGUCCAAUCAUUUUCUGACAUUGAGAUCGGACUGUCUGGUCAUAGUUCUCGCUUAUUUGAAAAGGUUUCCUACAACCUAAAAUUGAAGAAAAAAGCCAAAAACCAUUUGUAUGGUUACCGUCGUCUUAAGUUGCGUGCUCUUGCUACUGAUCAGUCUUAUAUCCGUGAAAUUAUUGGAUAUGAUGUGAUGAAGUCAGUCGGUAUUGCUUCUACCGAAUACUCUUAUGUCAGAGUUAUUCUGAAUGACAAACCUUUGGGCCUAUUUGGAUUCUUGGAGGCAUAUCAGAAUCCUUGGAUACAAAAUGAGUUUGCCAAUGGAGAUAUAAACUAUAAGCAGGGAAUUCUCUACCAAGGAAAAUAUCGAACUACUGAGUCACUACUAGCAGGCGUUAUAUCCGAUCUAUCUUACUACCCAAACAUUACAAAUUAUGCCCUUGGAGCUUACAAUAUCAAAGCUAAUCCAGCAAACAGCAUCGGUGACUACCGACCAUUAAUGGAGUUCACAAAGUUUAUCAAGGAUGCACCAACUACUACCCCGGAUGCUGUGCAAAUAUGGCAGUCCAAUCUUGAUGUCGAAAGUUUUCUUCGCUGUAUUGCACUCGAGAUUCUUGUAGGCUACUCAGACGGGUAUCUUACCAUGUCCAACAACUACUAUCUCUAUUAUGAGACUAAAGCCAAGCGAUACAUAUACCUGCCAUCUGAUCUCGACUUGAUUAUGGGAUCUGGAUUUGUUAGUACCAUAUCAAUGACUACAGGAAAUUACUCGGAUUUCCCUGGCUUCCAUCUGCGUCCGCUUACCAACAAACUUAUGCAAGUUCCCACAUUCAAGGCUCGACUAGAGGAGUUGAUAGUCAAAGUCACCAAGGAGCUUUUCAACCUUAAGACCUUAGAUAAACGUAUUGAUGAUGUUGUUCGUAUGAUUACCGAAGAUGUUGCUUGGGAUCAAGCUCUUCCUCGCAUGGGAAAGAAGUUUAUUCCUGGUUCAAACAGUGACAGUAGAGUACCGAAAUUGACAUCACCGACCAUUGAUGCCGAAACACAAAAGGACCUUUAUUCAAAAGGUUCUUAUUCUCUCUCCUUCAAGGAUGCAGUCAAUGGUCCUACUGGACACAUAGCAUCUCCUGGUGUCAAAGAAUUUAUCAAGUGGCAGAGUGAAAACACAAUGAAUUUUUGGCGCAACACUACUGGAAAGGGUGUUUAG